AUGUCUCCGUACAAUCCGCUUGCUGUCGCCUUCAACUACCCUUCCCGACGCCGUCAAAUCGCCUUCCGGUCGUCCGCACUUUCCUUCCCGUCGCCGCCACUACCUCGUCUAGUCGCCCACACCCACUUCCCCGUCCCGCCGCCAUCACUUCCCGUCGUGUCGCCCUCACUUCCCCGUCGUGUCGCUCUCACUUCCCCGUCGCGUCGCCCUCACUUCCCCGUCGCGUCGCCAUCACUUCCCCGUCGCGUCGCCCUCACUUCCCCGUCGCGUCGCCUUCACUUCCCCGUCGCGUCGCCCUCACUUCCCCGUCGCGUCGCCCUCACUUCCGUCUUCCCAUCUCCCUCACUUCCCCUUCCCGUCCCUUCAACUCCCCGCUCCCCUCGUCCACAAAUCACCUAUCCGAAGCCUCACUUCCCCCCGUUUCCCCCCUGCCUCCCAUCCGUUUCCCCCCUGCCUCCACUCGCUUUCCCCCCUGCCUCCACUCACUCACUUCCCGUUCCCAAAGCCCGUUUCCCCCCUGCUUCCCAUCCGUUUCCCCCCUGCCUCCCAUCCGUUUCCCCUUCUCCUCCCAUCCGUUUCCGCCCUGCCUCCAUUCACUAUCUCCCCCCUUCCUCCUUUCCGAUUCCCCCCUUCCUCCCUUCAGUUUCCCCUCUUACUCCUUUCCGUUUCCCCCCUGCCUCCCUCCGAUUUCCCCCCUUCAUUGCCCUCACUUCUUUCUCCCACCGUCUCCUUUCCCUUCGCACACUGCUGUUUCCGUUUUGGAGACCACUCAAUCCCCCUUCACUAACCCAAUUUUUCCCCUGCUCGGCUCACUCUUUCCCCCUCCCCGAUUUCUUUCCUGCUCUGCUCAUUCUUUCUCCCUUCACUCACCCAAAUGCUCCCCUGCUUCCUCUCUUUCUCCCCCCUCCUCACUCUCUCCCCUUUUUCUCAUCCCAGUUCCCCCCUUCUCCCUCUCUUUGCCUUUUUUCUCACCCAUCUUCCCCUCCACCUUACUCUCUUUCCCCUUUGUGCACCCCUUUCCCCCCACUCGCUCUCUUUCCCAUUUCACUCACACCCUUCCCCCCAUUCCACCCCCUUUUCUCACCCCUCUUGUUGCUCUGCUUACAUUCACCUUUGCCCAUCCCUUAG